AUGGGCAUCCUACUUGAAGCAGAUUACAAAGGCGUGGUACGAGGGAAGGAGCCAGUUGUCAGUGGCCUACAGAGAGCUUUCAGCUCGUCGAAGCUGGGUAGCCAGAACCCUCUGACGAGGCGGGAUGGAGAGCGGCUGGAGCCUAAGGAGAGAGACGGACAGUUGACAUAUGAGAUCAUGAACAGGGAUUCUGCCAUUGCACUAGCGAAGGAGUCAUCCGGCGAACAUGUUCCAACAUUCGUAUACAUAUCAGCCGCCUCGGGAGCACCAAUGCUACCCAGUCGAUAUAUCACGACGAAGCGAGAAGCUGAGACGACCAUAGCGUCUGAACUGCCAGAGUUGCGAAGUAUCUUCAUCAGACCGCCCUUCAUGUAUGAUUCAAGCAGAAAAAUCACACUUCCAAUAGCCUUGGGUGGUUUUGUUGCCUCCCAAUUCAAUGCCCUCUUGGGUGACAGGCUUCGAUUCCUCGGUGCGAUGGUCGAUAAGCCUUUCCAGGUGGAUCUUGUGGGCGAAGCUGUAGUGGAAGCGAUGGAGGACGAGUCCAUUCGGGGCGCGGUAGGAACGAAGCAGAUAGAAAACCUGGCAACCAAAGCGUGGAGAAAAAGCAUGCUUUGA